AUGCACCAGCACACCGUCGCCUCUGCGCUCGCCGUGCUGCUGGCCACGGCGCCGACGGCCUGGGCCGGCAUGUACACCAAGAAGUCGCCCGUCCUGCAGGUCGACGCCAAGUCGUUCGACCGGCUGAUCAACCGCUCGAAUUACACUUCGAUUGUCGAGUUCUACGCGCCCUGGUGCGGCCACUGCCAGAACCUCAAGCCCGCCUACGAAAAGGCCGCCACCAACCUGCAGGGGCUGGCCAAGGUCGCCGCCGUCGACUGCGACGAGGACGCGAACAAGCAGCUCUGCGGGUCCAUGGGCGUCAAGGGCUUCCCGACGCUCAAGAUCGUGCGGCCCGGCAAGAAGGCCGGCCGCCCGGUCGUCGAGGACUACAAUGGCGGGCGCACGGCGGGCGCCAUCGUCGAGGCCGUGGCCGCCAAGAUCAACAACCACGUCGCGCGCCUCGCGGACAAGGACCUGGAGGGGUUCCUAGCCGGCGGCGACGGCCCGAAGGCGAUACUGUUCACGGAAAAGGGCACCACGAGCGCGCUGCUACGCAGCAUCGCCAUCGACUACCUCGGCGUCGUCGGGGUCGCGCAGAUACGGAGCAAGGAGGCCAAGGCGGUGGCACGGUUUGGCAUUGACAAGUUUCCUACGCUAGUCUUGGUGCCCGGCGGCGGCGGGGAGCCCGUCGUGUACGACGGCGAGAUGAAGAAGGCGGACAUGGUCAAGUUCCUCAGCCAGGCGGGCGAGCCCAACCCGGACCCGGCCCCGGCUAAGAGCAAGGGCGGCGACAAGAAAGACAAGAAGGCAAAGGCCGACAAGAAGGAGAAGCCCAAGGCUGCGGAUGAGUCCUCCAAGGCCCAGCAAAAGAAAGCCGCCGCUGAACAAGACGCCGAGGCCGAGGCCGAGACCGAUAACGAGGCUCCUCCCCCUCCUCCCGUUUCCACCCCCCAAAUCAUCGUCAUCCCUACCGCUUCUAGCAAACAGGAGGUUUCCGAACAGUGCCUCCAGCCCAAAUCCCACACCUGCAUCCUGGCUCUUGUCCCCGAGGCCGAGACCGACGACAGCAAAAAGGUCAUCGACUCGCUCUCCCAGCUCAACACAAAGUACAUCCAUGGCCAGCGAAAGGUGUUCCCCUUUAUCGCCGUGCCCGACAGCGUCGCCGUGACGAUCCGUGAGAAGCUAGAGGCCACGAGCGAGGUCGAGCUCGUCGCCGUCAACGCGCGCCGCAACUGGUGGCGCAGGUACGAGGGCGACUUUGCUGCCGCCAGCGUCGAGGCGUGGGUCGACGUGAUCCGCAUGGGCGAGGGGGCCAAGAAGAAGCUUCCCAAGGGCAUCGUCGAGGAUUCUGAGGAGCCAGCGGAGAAAAUUGCUGAGGAGCCAAAGGAGGAGAAGAUUAUCGAGGAGCCAAAGGAGGAGAUUGUAGAGGAGGCUGUUGAGGAGGAGCAACCCGUAGUCGAGGAAGAGGCCGAGCCUGAAGAGGCUGCCGAAGUGCACGACGAGUUGUAA